GAAGUGAUAUUUGCUACCUGUGAAGAGUGAUAUUUUUUCCCUAAUGGGAUGACGAAACACCAUCGUCAGUGUAGUGUUUGCAGAAGAUUCAAAAUAUCCGAAGAAAGGAUAGGCUACGCGUGAUAUCUCAAGCAAGAACAACAAACGUUUGCCCGGUGUAAAUCCUGCUGUGUCGUGUAAGCUCCAGAAAAGUCAACCUCGGGUGGUGAAGUGUUGAAAGCAAGAAAACAGAAAAUCUAGUGUUUCGUAUUUGUGAAUGGAAUAACCAGGUAACAAGAAAGCCGACAAAACGGAUCAAAGCAAAAGCAGUCGUGUAAACAACGACAACAGAGCUAGCAGCAGUAACAGUGAAACAGUCUGCGGAGGUGGUGGCGGAGCUCGUAAACGAAAGUUAUCCGCCAUGUACAAAAUGCCCGAAAUUAAACCGAUACCCAUGCAACCUCUGCAGCAGCUACCCCAGGGUGGAGGAGGCUCCAAUGGGCGCCAGCCAAAGUCUACUCCCAUUACGGACGACUACGAGAUUUCGAACACUGUACUGGGGUUGGGAAUCAAUGGAAAGGUUGUGCAGUGUACCGCGAAAAAGACGAGCAACAAAUAUGCCUUGAAGGUGCUGCACGACAAUGCCAAGGCUAGACGCGAGGUGGAGCUUCACUGGCGGGCAAGCGGCUGCCGCAACAUUGUAAAUAUCAUCGACGUGUACGAGAAUAGCUACAGCGGUAAUCGGUGCCUACUGGUUGUCAUGGAAUGUAUGGAAGGAGGUGAACUUUUUCAACGAAUUCAGGAUCGGCAAGAUGGACCAUUCACUGAAAGAGAGGCUGCCCAAAUCAUGCAUGAAAUCUGUGUCGCUGUCAAGUACUUGCACGAUUCCAAUAUCGCACACCGGGACCUAAAGCCGGAGAACCUGCUCUACACAUCGCCCCACUCGAACGCGUUACUGAAAUUGACCGAUUUUGGCUUCUCGAAGGAAACGUUCGUCAAGGACACCCUGCAAACGCCCUGUUACACGCCGUACUACGUGGCACCGGAAGUGCUCGGACCGGAGAAGUACGACAAAAGCUGUGAUAUCUGGUCGCUGGGAGUGAUCAUGUACAUUCUGUUGUGUGGUUUCCCACCAUUCUACAGCAACCACGGAUUGGCUAUUUCACCGGGUAUGAAGACACGAAUCCGCACCGGCCAGUACGACUUCCCAAACCCGGAGUGGCAGAACGUGAGCAAGGCGGCGAAGGAUCUCAUCAAGGGCAUGCUCAGCGUUGAACCAGAGAAGCGGCUUACUAUCGAUCAGGUCAUGCGCAAUCCAUGGGUUCGACUGUACACGGAGGUGCCCCAGACGCCGCUGCAUACGGGUCGAGUACUAAAAGAAGGCGAAGAAACCUGGCCUGAAGUGCAGGAGGAGAUGACUCGAUCCCUAGCUAAUAUGCGCGUGGAUUAUGACCAGGUAGUUGAUCUACAGAUGCACAUAAAAAAUCUGGAUAGCUCGAAUAAUGCCCUGCUGAACAAACGGAGAAAACGGGGCGAAGACAAGGUGAAGAACUAGGCAAAGCGCGCACCUGUUGAACUUUUAUGACCACGAAACAUGGAGAAAUAACUGCUGUUGCUUAUUGCGCCCGAAAUGCCUGCGAACGUUGAGUUCUUCCAAGCUCGCGCGGUACCGACUUUCUUACUAUUGUGUGCGGUUUGGAGAAGAGGAUCUUGCACUGUUGGUUAUUCGUGCAUCGGGUUUUACUAGAUGACGUGUGAAUCCUUUUAGUUAUGUACAUAUUGUAAGGAACUAUGAACGGUGAUCGUGGCAUAGUUUGUAAGGUAAAAGUUGGAAAGUGCAUAUAGCUAUUUAUUAUCAUUAGACGAUUGUUUGCGUAGCAAACAAUAUGUAACCCCUAAUCACAAUACAUGCUAGCUGGAUAACAAUAGCGAGAGAGUUAGAGUAUAAGUACGUGUGGUUAGCUGAGUUAAAAACGUAAGCUGUUAUAAGGUGAAAAAUUUGAACAUUUUAACUAUUAUAGAUAUACAUUUGAUAAAAGAUUCAUAUGAGGAAGGGAAUGUUGUUUGGGCCAAUGAACUCUAAACAUCGAUAGGAGAGGCCAAAUUUUCUGAAACCGUAAAUAACAUGUACCGUAAAGCUUUUAUUUACAGCUAUUUUCAACUAUUCUAAGUAAAAAGAUAAUAGCUUUUAUCUAUGCAUCAUAAUGUUUCAAUCAGCUUGAACGUAGUUUUCGUUAGUUUUAAAGAAAAAAUGUUUUUUUUUUCAAUUUUAACUCGAUUAAAGACGUAACAACAGUAACGUAAUAAGUUUAGGUAAUAUGUGAAGUAACGCAUUUGUCGCGUAACGAUUUUUUUUUUAAUUCAAUGAAUGUGUAAUCCAGACAUCACCAUGUUAAAGUACUAAGACAAUUAACUUUCCAACAAUCAAAAUAUACAUGUUUUCCAGUUUAACUAGUUUUAUUGAUUUUGAAUGAUUCCAGGGUUUCUAGAUUUAUGAACAAUAAGUCCAAAUACAUAUUCGAGCGACAGUUGAUAAGUA